ACAUGGCGGCGCCCGGUGAGGGCCGCGCGGGCCGCGGCUCCGCGGCGUUCCCGGGCACCGAGAGCGGCUCCUUCCCCUUCCCCUUCGCCGCCCGGCACGGCGCGGCGGGCAGCGCGGCGGGGGAGCCGCCCAAGAAGCCGUGCCGAGCCUGCACGGAUUUCAAGAGCUGGCUCCGCGAGCAGAGGAAACAGGCGGCCCCGGGCGGCGCGGAGCUGGCGGUCGCGGAGGAGAAGGAGCCCCCGCCAGACUGUCCCCUGGACAGUGAGCAGCUGGGCCGCAGCACCUGGGCCUUCCUGCACACCAUGGCCGCCUACUACCCCGACCGGCCCUCCGGGGCCCAGCAGAGGGAGAUGAGGGACUUCAUCAACCUCUUCUCCAAGUUCUACCCCUGCGAGCACUGCGCUGAGGACCUGAGGGAGAGAUUACGGACAAAUCAACCAGACACGAGCACCAGGAAUAACUUGUCCCAGUGGCUGUGUCUUCUUCACAACGAAGUGAACAGGAAACUGGGGAAAUCUGAAUUUGACUGCUCCCGUGUGGAUGAGCGCUGGCGGGAUGGCUGGAAGGAUGGGAGCUGUGAUUAACCCGGAGGGGCUGCCUUGGAGACCAAUCCAACCCUUGUCAGGGCACUGCAGGGAGACAUGAGAGUCAGUGACUGUGUUUGUGUGUGUGUGACAGACUGAAAGGUGAAAGGAGAUUGGAAAACCUUAUCCUAAUGAUAUUUUGAUAUGUGAUUACACUGAUGUAUUACCCGAGGGACUGAGGCCUUAUGUUUAGCACGGGAAUUGCCAGAAACCUGUGAGAUUGAGUCACUGAGAAACUCGGGGAGACCUUUUCAUGAUGACAUUUCCUGAUUUUAGGGGCAUUUGCUUAGAAUUCAUUUUCCCUGAACACGGUUGUGUUCUCUGCAGGCACUACCCCGAUGUUUUAGAAAAUGCAUCUGAUUAAUUGUAAUUUUCAUUUCUGUUCUGAUAGAGAAACUUCAUGCUGGGUUUAGUGCCAAGUCUGUAUCUUCAGAUCUCUCUUUCCAGAAACUCCAAUGUUUGUUGUUAAUCUUGCAUCCAACUCCUUUGGUAAAAGGCCUGGGGGCAGGUACAUUUAAUUUAAAUACUAAAAUCACGGAGCCCAGAUUUCUCAUUUUCGUUUUGUGUUUCAAUUUAUCAUGUAAGAGGCCACUGCAGAAAGGGAAACUAAAGCAUCUCCUCAUCUGAGAAAUGGAACAAAGUAUCAACAGGGUGAAAUUCAGAUGUUUUCAGUGAAUUGCUAAUUUUCUUUGGAUCCAGAAGUGAUUUGGUGAUAAGUUCAACUGAACUACUUAUUCUUAAAGCAAAUAACCUCUUUGUUUCUGCUGUGAACCUUUGUCUGGCAUGAAGAUAGCUCAAGACUGAUGACUGUGAUGAAGCAUAGUCAGCUUUAAUUAUUCUGAGAUUAAAUUCUUGAUUGGUACUUGCUGGCCUGGCGCAUACUGUGGUGUAAUCCCCAGCUAAAAAUCUCUCUAGAAAAGGGCUUUACAAGCCCCUGGAAGUACCUGAGUCCUGCUAAGGACUGUGAUCUCAGCUUUAUGUCAUCUUUAUUGCAGAGGGGACUCACAGGAGCCCCUCAGGUGUGUUCCUGGGUGGGAACUGCUCAGAACCCAAACUGUCUGUAUUUCCCUGAGUCAGCUGUGCUGCAUCACUGUAUUGGUAAGUGGGAAUGUCAGACUCCAGAGGAGUAACACUAUAAAUCAGUUACCCCAGAAUGCAUAAAACACAGGCCUUUAUAAAAGGGGACACCUGCAGAGUCCAAAUCAUUUCAAGUUCCUCACGUAGGUCGUGAUCUCAUCCCUUCCUGCACUUCUGGCUGGGAGAAGUUUGCACAAACCCUGACAACAGCAGGUUUUUUUUCCUUCUGUGCUUCCUGCUGAGGUUUUAGUGAAGCUUCCUUAUUUCAUGCCCCCCAGCACACCUGUAACUUUACCCUUGCUUUCCUAGCGAGCAUUAACUGGAAAUGUUCAUGGUGCUGCUGUAAUUGGAGUGAUGACAGCUCUUAUCUGAGACUUCACUCCUCACACCUGUGUGUGGGGCUCCUCAGUGGUUAGAAAACCAGUAACAACUUUGGAAACACAUUUUAAUGGUUUUAUGGCACAGGCAAGUCCUUUCAAGUCAGACCUGUUAAAACAAGAUGGGACAUUUUAUGGACUGGUGACUCCUGAACUCAAUGUAGUAACAUCCCUAAACACAACCCCAGCCAAAGUGAUGAUAAGGUACUGCAGGAAGUGUGAGAUCUGAGGUCUUAUGGUUGAAGGUGUCACUCAGUUUAUUAGAAGUGCUCAGAAAAUUUUCCUCUCAGCAUGUUGAACAAAUAAAUCCCAGCCAAGAUUUUUGUGUUUUUGGUAAUAAACUCAGUCCCCAAAAUGAAGCACAUUGGUAUCCACUAGUGGGGAGGGGACCAACAAAAAAGCAUUUACUAGGAGUGUAGGGAGGAAAAGGAGUGUGAAUCCUGCUCUAAAUCAGGGGGAGCAGCAGUGGCAACACACAGUUUUGUGGUCACCUUGGUCACCUUGUGUGGUUCAGGGAGGUGAGCGGGAGGAAAAGUGUGUCCUGUCCUGGCAGGGGUAGGGAAGAGCCUUAAAACUGAAGUUGGCAUCUCUAGAAAAUGCUUCCCAAAAAUGAGGCCACCAGCUGUGGCUGCCAGGAUGUUUUUAGGGCAGUUUCUAUCUUUGCUAAGUGGCCAUUUGGUAAAAUCUGUGCUUGCACUCUGUUCUCUCGUGUUUUUAGCUUGGCAGAAGAGCUUUGACUUACAUAUUUCUCAGGCAUAUCCUCAACUCUGUGGACUUGACUGUGUGAGGAGAGGGAGGAUUUGUUUUGCUGCUCGUUUGUACCACAAGUUUUAAUUUUAGGUAAGGAAUUUCCACUGGAGAUACUUGUACUCGUGUACAGAAAAUAGUGAGUUCUCUAAAUGCACUUGAUUAAAUCUAGUUUUAAAAAUCUCUGUAUUCAAAUUAUAUUUCCCAUUGAUGUAAAAAUAAUAAAGCAACUGAGUUCA